AUGUAUGUAAGUCAGACAAAACAACUGAAAAAGCUAAAAUGGUUCAAGGAAAAUAUAAAUAGUGAGAAAAGUACAUGUUCGGCAGCAGAAUUCAAAGAAGUCAUUGAAAGGUAUUUAAGCAGAUUUGAUGAAGAACAGAAAAAAUUGGAUGUCAAGAGCAUCAAAGGACGACAUGCUCAUGAAAGAAUCACCCUUGAAUACAAAGUAAAAUUUUCAGUCGCGAAGGAGAAAAAUGAAUUUAAUACCGGUGGUCUAGAAUUACCAAAUUUGUUGGAUAAGGAGACAUUUGAAAAACUGAAAAAAUGGAAUGGAGAGGCUAGGUUUAUAUCCUUAUUUCCGAUGACUCUCAUAACCAGGGAUUCAUUAGAAGAAUCUAUAGCUAAAGCUAAUUCAUAACAUUCUAUGAUGGAAAUAUUUAAUGUAGCUAACAGUGUAAAUAAACAUUUAUGAAAUUAUUUCUUU